GCUCCCUCCCCCGGUCCAGCCAGGUGUCAUCCACCUCCAAGUCACCCCCAUCCCCGUCCCUUACCUCAUGCGUCCGAAUUGCAACGACCGACCCGCGAACUGUAAGCUCCGCGAUCCCGUCCUUCAACAUCCCGCCAUCCUCCGGCCCGCCUUUUGUCUCGUCUCUCCUCCCCUCCUUCCUUUUCCUCCGGGCCAUGGACUGAAAUAUGACCGGCGGCACAAUUACUCAGGGAGGCAACAAGACGGGUGUCUACGCCGCCGCCGCGGCGCUGCGUCUACUGCUCUUUGUUGCGUUCCCCGGUCUGCCUGAUCUGCUGACUGGCCGCGUCGAGAUCUCGACCCCCGUGACAAGCUUCAAGCGACUACAAGAAGGCCUCUUCCUCUACAACCACAACGUCUCUCCCUACGACGGCGGCGUCUACCACCAAGCGCCCCUCUUCCUCCCCCUCUUCUCGCUGCUCCCCGAUCCGAAGUCGCUCCCCAUCUUCACACAUCUCCUCUAUAUCCUCGUCGACAUCUUGAGCGCAGAUGCCCUCUCUCGAAUUGCCGACUCUGGCGAGGCUGGGUCCUCGCGCCUCUUCACCUCCCCGCGCCGUGGCAAGAGGUGGAGUGGCCUCGUCGUCGCAUCGCUCUUUCUCUUCAACCCAUUCACAAUAGCAACAUGUGUCGGCCGCUCCACUUCCGUCUUCUCGACAUGCGCCAUCCUCCACGCUGUUGCCAAGGCCAUCUCCGGUGCGCCCCUCGGCGCAAUGGUCGCCCUCUCCUUUGCGACCUAUCUCUCCAUGUACCCUCUCCUCCUUCUGCCGCCCCUCCUGCUCCUCGCCUACGACCGCCAAGAUCCCUCACGUCGCGUCGCCUCUACCGUGCGCUUCGCUUUGACCAACGUCGCCGUCAUGGCCGCUGUCCUCGUCGCCCUGUUCCUCAUGUCCUUCCUCCUGACGGGCGGCUCCUGGGAGUUCCUGUCCAGCACCUACGGCGCCCAGCUGACGCUCAACGACCUGACGCCCAACGUGGGGCUGUGGUGGUACUUCUUCGUCGAAAUGUUCGAUUCGUUCCGCCCCUUCUUCCUCGCUGUCUUCUGGCUCCACCUCUCGAGCUACGUCGGCCCCCUGACCGUUCGCAUCCGCUCCCAGCCACUGGUGGUCAUCACCCUCCUGCUCGGCAUCUUCUCCAUCUUCAAGCCGUACCCCUCCAUCGCCGACAUGAGCCUGUUCCUGGCGAUGCUGUCGCUCUUCCGCCACGUCUUCCCCCUCAUGCGCUACACCUUCGUCGGCGCCGCCACCAUCAUGUACGCCUCGUUUCUCGGGCCGGCCUUCUACCACCUGUGGAUCUACGCCGGCAGCGGUAACGCCAACUUCUUCUACGCCAUCACCCUCGUGUGGAGCCUGGGCCAGAGCUUGCUCGUCAGCGACCUGACGUUCGCUGUGCUGCGCGACGAGUGGGAAGUCGAGCGGCCCGAGAUGGUCGGGAAGGAGAUCCGGCAGAUCUAAACGGGUGUGACUGGGCAGUUUUUGUCGAUCUUAUGCGCGGCGCCGAGGAAAAGACAGGAAGAAGAAGAAAAGAAAAAAAACCGUUGCGAGGUCUGCAACACCCCAUUAUAUGGGAGCUCUGAAUCGGACAUUGGUAGAAUAAAACGGUAGCAUGGGGAGAGGGCAUGGCGGACGGUUCAUGUAAACCAAAGAUAAUCGAAACAGUAUAGUACAUAUUCUU